AACAACAGAUUAACUAACUAGCGAGAAUUAACCUUAUUAAUAAAAAUAAAAAAAAUAAAUUUAGUGUAUAUAAAGAAACAUUUGAAAAGAUGUGUAAAGUAUAACUAAAUGUUUUAAAAUGAAGGUUUUAGCUGUAUUGUUUUUUAUUUUCUUUUGCGAGGUUUUGUCUGUAAGUAUCUCCAACAGACAGAAGACUCCAUUACCUAUAGCUUCCCCUCCAAAUUAUGACCCAGAUCUGUCCAAUAUAAUCAAAAGUAUUCAAAAUAUGGAAGGAGUUGCUGAAAAUUUUACGAAAAAUAUUUUAAGGAACCACUACCGUAACUUAAAUCAAAAUUUAACUGAUCUAGACAGGCGUUUAGCUGCCACUACAAAUGAAGACAUCAUCGGCAGAUGUGUUUCUCGUUUCCAAUUCUCCCAGUCCAUUAAAACCAUUGUUAACGAACAAAUUAAAAAUUGCGCUACCAUUGUUUUGGCUGAAUACCAAAACGUAAUCACCAACAGUUUAAAUAUGGCGCAGGUGUUUAUGAAAUUUUCAACUAUUGUCUGGACAGACAUCCAACGAUGUGGCUUGAACGAUACGUGUAGAUGGAAUAUUGUUUUAGACGCCAUCAACGAGGCUGGCCAGAUCCCACCUAAAGUAUACUCUUUGACAGCAAAAAUUCAAAGUUUAGUAUUAAAAACCAUCACUUCCAUUGACUCUUGCGCAGUUGAAGGCCUCAAAGUGAUUACCAAAUCUGGUCUGGACUUAGCAGAAGGUGUAUUCUCUUGUAUAGCAAGCGAAGCAAGGCAGAACAAUGAUUGUGUAUCAAAUGCGAAUAAUACAUUAAUUCCAAAUUAAACACUAUUAAAUAAUUAUGAAAUGAAAUUAUACGAUAAAUUGCUAUGAACUUUGUAUUUAGUAUACUAUAAUUUUAAUUUUUUUUUAUUAGAUUUUAGUUUGUUGUGAAAAAACAUAUUUAAUAAAUUUUUGUAAUAAAA